UUCUUUUUGCAUGUUGUUUUUGCAGGCUAAAAAUAGAUCACAAUUUCUGCAAUUGCAAUGCACGAACCCUUGAUCCGCAAAUGUUGGAUUGGCGCAAAAACGUUCAGUAACGCUCUUAAUUCUUUUACGUACAGCACACUUUUUUGUUAUGAUGAACUAAAGCCUUUGCGAAUUAAAUUCACAGUAGGCAGCUCUACUUAGUGUCUGAGCUGCCAUUUGUCAUUUCUUACUGUCCGGCUUAACACUUUUGAAAUAGCCUCUGUCACCAGCUUGGCAUAACGAUUUAACUACUGGGUUUAGAUGAUAGCCCGUGAAUUAUAAUAAUGUAAUAAAGAAUCACACAAAAGAGAAUUUGACGCCGAUAUGUAACAUCAGUAGUUUGUUAAUUAUUUAGCUGAUCAUUAACCUCAACCUUCUAUGCACACCUUUCCAAUGGAUGCAUGUUGCCAAAAGGUCAAGUCUUUUUACACUUGACAACAGCACAUUCAGGAAGCUGUAACUUGUAUCUUGACAGCAUGAAAACAUCAAUGCACGGAUAAGGAGGGUGUACCCGCGCUUGUGUGUGCAGUUGCUUUUACGCACCGGAAAGCAUGUGCUCUACAAAUACGAAGAAUGUUUAGGCCUCCCUUCUUCUUUUCUGAAAGUAGUUUUGGAUAAGUAUGCAUGGCCUUUUAAAUGAAACAUUCAGCUAUAAACACUUUUUAUUUUGCUAAGCAUGUUUGGAAGAAAACAUGUUGCGGAUCCAUCUUUGGUGACUUUCUUGCUGUUUCCAUGCGUCUUUCUUCUCCCCCAGACAUCUGGACGUUGUUAGGGAUUGUGUUGCUAUUUAAUGCAAUGGGCUGUAUCCAGAGUAUCAGGUGUAAGCCCAAGAGUUUCCGAGACAGUGUCGUCGUCCAGGAGGUGAAAACCUGCAUCGAUUCCAACCUCACCAGCAUCGACGAGUCAUCCAGCGUGGUCCUGCGAUACCGGACACCACACUUCCGAGCUCAUGCCCGUGUCCUGGUGCCGCCAGUAGCCGGCCACGAGACGUGGACCAUCGGCUGGAUUCAAGCAUGUAAUCAUAUGGAGUUCUACAAUACUUACGGAAACAAAGGGAUGUCAAGUUGGGAGCUCCCUGACCUGCGAGACGGCAAGAUUCAAGCCAUCAGCGACUCAGAUGGUGUCAACUACCCUUGGUACGGCAACACCACGGAGACCUGGACAGUAGUGGGCCCCACCAAAAAGGACAGCAAAUUCACUGUUAGUAUGAAUGACAAUUUCUACCCCAGUGUGACCUGGGGUGUGCCGGUCAGCAACAGCAAUGUGCCUCAGCUUAGCAGCAUUCGCCGCGACCAGAGUUUUACGACCUGGCUGGUGGCCAUCAACCAGGCCACCUCAGAGACCCUGGUCCUGCAGACAAUCCGCUGGAGGAUGCGGCUUCACAUCAAAGUGGACCCAGACAAGCCUCUGGGUCACAGGGCUGUUCUGGAUGAGCCCAUUGCCCAGGAACAGCCGCAGAUCCUUGGCAAGAAUGAGUCCAUCCCCCCUAAUGCCAUGGUCAAACCCAACGCCAACGAUGCCCAAGUACUUAUGUGGCGGCCAAAGAAUGGUGACCCUGUGGUGGUCAUUCCACCCAAAUACUGACCAGACUGGCCUUGGCUGCCUUAAACUCAUUUGUUCCCUUUCUUUUGUUCCUGCUCUUCACCAGCUCUCACUGCUUUAACUCUGAUAUUCAUUUUCUUUUUGUUGCCUCUCUGUUCCUCUUUUCUGUUUUAAAAGGACUGUCAGAAAGAAAAACAGGCAGAGACUAAUUAAACCAGCUCUGAGGAAAAGACCAGCUGUUGCUUUGAGGCCGGAGUAAACGAACCGCAACCAUUCUACCUUCAAACCGUGUUGGGUUUCACUGUGCUAAAUGAAGUCACUGCAAAAUGAAAAAACAAAGAGAUUUUUUUAAUUUAAAAUUUUGUAUUUUGGCUGUUUUGGCCACAUGAUAUGAGGUUUGUGAAUGAGGCUGGAAUAGAAUACAGUAUUUACAUGACCAUGUCUGCACACGUGCUACAUACAUGGAUAUGCACAAAUCUAUACAAAUAUAGUACCAGUUGUGUUUUUAUUUAUGUGGUGUGAGAGAGUGCAUUCAGUUUUGUUUGUUGUUGUCAUGGUCAUGUGGUUCACAUGGCAAAUUGGGCGACAUUUGAGUUUAGUACUUUUUUUAAGAAUGUGCAAGACGUUCAAUCCAUGCUGCCUUAGGUUUACAUUGCUUUCCACUGCAAACUUUUUAGCCUUAAACAAAGUGCAAUGCAGUAUUUUGCUCAUUCUCCCCAUCUCCUCCUGACUGUUGGUGCUGGCAUGUGUGGGUUUAGGACAGGAACGAUACUAUAUGUUCAUUUAACUGACAAAUGCACUGUCUAAAAAGUACAACCAGCAUUAUGUGUAGACACAGUUACACAACCAAGUUAAGUACUUGUGUUUCAAGUGCAUUAUGCAAGAGAAGAAAUGCUGUGUGUGCAUGGACACCCAGAAAACGCCCGUAAAGCCAACUAUUGUCAGUAGCACAUAACAGUGAAGUAUUCAUGCAAUUACAGCUUGAGCAACAGUAAUGAAAAGCACUUCUCUGUUAACCUCAUUUCAUUCACUGUACUCUAUCUAGUUGUGGUUGUUGCAUUCAGUGUCCAAGAACAAGUUUUCCUUUCUCUGUAUCAGUCCAUCUCAGGGCCUCUUUUCACUUCCUUCCCUUCUCUUUUUCCAUCCAUCCUGAUUUGCAUACCGUUUCUUGCCACAGAAAAUAAAUGUCUGCAUUGCUCACAUUGAACAAUCAAUACUUUUAUGACUGGAAAAUAAAAACAGCAGGAUAUCUGCUGUGCACAAUC